GACCCAUCUACCACCUCCAAAACGUAAAGCUAGGACGUUCCUUUUGAUAUUGCAAUUAACCGUCUCUACCUUCCCCUCUCCCUCUCCCUCUCUCUCUACCCCUCAAAAACCAGAGAAGGAAAACGGGGAGAACAGAAACAGAGAAGAAAAAACAACAAAAGUAAAAGCAUAAUGUUAUGUUUCAAAUCCAACCCUUAUGCAUUGUUUCUUCUGUUCCUUUUCUCUUUGUUUCUUUUCAGACAUCAACUAGUUUCUGACGCCUCAAAUGUUCAAACUUUACACAUCCCAGGAUCUUAUAAAAGUCUUGUCAUUGGGGAUAGAGAGCACAUUGGAGUUUUACCAUGGAGGAAUAUAGAAAGGAGAAACCUUGCAGAGGGAAGCGAAGGAGACAACUCGUCUUUGAUUUUGGCUGAAAAGAGGACUAAUAGGAUAGACCCUCUUAAUGAUUUUAAGAAGUAUACAGGUGGCUGGAAUAUCAGCAAUGAACACUAUUGGGCUUCUGUGGGUUUUACGGCGGCUCCUUUCUUUGUCAUUGCCGCAGUCUGGUUUGUGAUAUUUGCACUAUGCUUGUUCAUCACAUGUAUCCGUCAUUGUUGUUGUCAACUAGAUUCUUAUGGCUACUCUAGGACAGCUUAUGCACUAUCUCUUAUUCUCCUCAUGCUCUUCACCAUUGCUGCAAUUGGCGGGUGUGUUGUGCUGUACACUGGUCAGGGAAAAUUUCAUGGCAGUACAAUAAACACACUCGAUUAUGCUGUUAAUAAGGCAGAUGCUACUGCUGAAAACCUCAGGAAUGUGUCAGAUUAUCUUUCUGCAGCUAAGAAAAUUACCGUGAAUUCAGUUUUUCUGUCCCCAGAUGUCCAAAAAAGCAUUGAUGAUGUUGUAAAGAAGAUCAACUCUUCUGCUUUGACUCUUUCUACUCAAACAGGCAAUAAUAAAGAUAAAAUUCAACAUGGCUUGGACGGCAUGAGAUUGGCUCUUAUCAUCGUUGCUGCUUUGAUGCUCUUUUUGGCAUUUCUUGGAUUCUUAUUCUCCAUUCUUGGAUUGCAGUGUCUGGUGUACACGCUGGUGAUCCUUGGGUGGAUUCUUGUUGCUGGCACAUUAAUUUUGUGUGGAGUAUUUCAUCUCCUCCACAAUGUCGUAGGAGAUGCGUGUGUUGCCAUGGAUGAAUGGGUCCAGAAUCCCACUGCCCAUACGGCAUUAGAUGACAUUCUUCCAUGUGUGGACAAUGCAACAGCCCAGGAGACUUUAUUAAGAACCAAGAAUGUCAGUUACCAACUUGUGAAUGUGGUGAAUGGCGUCAUCAAUAAUGUUGUCAACCAAAAUUUCCCUCCAUCAUCGGCACCUUUAUAUUACAAUCAAUCUGGUCCACGGGUCCCAGUUCUCUGCAACCCAUUUCAUUCUGACCUCACAGAUCGGCAAUGUGCAUCUGGUGAAGUUAGCUUGUACGAUUCCUCAGAGGUUUGGAAGAACUAUACCUGUCAGGUUUCAUCCUCUGGGAUUUGUUCAACGCGUGGACGGCUGACCCCUCAAUUUUACACUCAGAUGUCAGCUGCAGUGAAUGUCAGUUAUGGUUUGUAUCGCUAUGGUCCAUUCCUGGUUAAUUUGCAAGACUGCACUUUUGUGCGUGAUACAUUCACAGAUAUCAGUCAUGAUUAUUGUCCUGGUCUGUGGCGCUAUAGUCAAUGGAUCUACAUUGGAUUAGUAAUUGUAUCUGCUGCUGUGAUGCUGUCAUUGAUCUUCUGGGUAAUCUAUGCAAGAGAGAGAAGGCACCGUGUUUAUACUAAACGGUACGAUGCUAGAUCGGAAGGCCUAUACAAGGGUGGAUAGGACACCAAGUCCAAUUAGCAGGUUGUUAAUUUGCUUGUAUAUUUUGAGUAACAUAGCUAAAUUUUGUACAUUAUGUUUGUUAUCCCUAGGCUUGAAUCUUUGUGCAAUGCAGUCUAUAGCAAUGCACAAGGAAUGACUUUCUUUUCCAUGAACCUUGACCAUUUUCUCUAAGUGUAAUGCAUCUCUCUCAUGAAGAACAGAAAAUUCUUUUGUUUUGUUAAUGUCAAGCUUCACCGACGGGCUAUA